GACGGACACUGCCGAAGUUGCGCUCGACCCCUUGACGUCAUCAGCGAGCGACGGCAGCUUGGACUGUUGUGUUUUUUCGAGCCGUGUUCGGAUGAAACUGUGUUUGUCGUUUCCCGGACGAGGAGAUCAUGGUAUUUUCAUUAUUCCACACACAGUGUAGAUGCCACUGAGGAGACGCCAGCGACCUGCCAUCGAUAACCUCCGUGGUGGGAAAGGCUUGAAAACUACUUAAUAUCCACACAGGAAGUGUCAGGAUACAAAAUACGGAAUGCGCUAACUUCAACGCCGAAACGUCUAAAGGACCAAAGGACAGGAGAGAACACGACUCUGGAGAGGGGGAGUUGGGGAUGGGGUUGGAGAGCCAAAGGAGGACGUCAUGGUUCACAGCGGCUCUGCUUCCCCAAUGAAAACAUCACCUACAGCAUCGCCUCAUUUAACUGCUCCUGCUACAGCACCUCCUCUGCAAGUUACGCCUCCCCUGGUGCCUCCCCUUAGAGAUACCUCUGGUCAGGGCCUAACACAGACCCCUGCAAAACACCUCAACACAGACCCUACCUCAAUCCGCCCCCCUCAGCCCUCUACCCCGUCGCCUGCUGAUGCAGAACCUCCUGUUGUAACACCAGCACUUACAAGCACCUCAAGCCCAGCCUCAUCCUGGUCUUCUACGCAGACAACAACGCCUGCUCAGGGCCCAGUCAAUGGCCGUACCUCAGGAAGGAAGAGGACUCCCAAGGCCUGUGAUUGCUGCGGACCAAACAGUAAAGGACACAAUGUCAAAAACUCGGGCAGGGGGAGAGGGAGGGGAGCUUUCAAGGACCUCUGGGACACCCCAAACAGAAAAGUGGGGGCCAAGCUGACACUUACCAAUAGCUCUGAUUUGACCAAGGAGAUGGGAGAGGAAGCAGAGGAUGAAAAUGACAUGUACAAGAAGGAGCAAACAACUGUAAUAAUGGCUGAUACACACAUCCUCACUGAUACACACACCCUUCCUCCCCUGCCUGUCACAUCCCUGCAAGACGGAACAAAAACAAACUGUGCUGCCCCACAAAAAUCAUGUACGCAGAAUAAUGAGGACAUGUUGAUAAAGGAGUCGGGGGUUUCAGGAGAAGGAGGGAAAGGAUGCGGGGUAAACAGAGAUGUGGAGAUGAGACUGUCGGGUAUGCCAGCCAGGAGAGCGUUAGUAGUCCGAGGUAGAGGGAGGGGAAUGAUGACAGGCGCAAUGUUUGCAUCGAAAAUGAAAGUAGAAGUUAGAAUUAAGAGCCAAGGCGGCGGUUGUGUUGUCACUGGUUCUAAAGUGGACGCCUCAGCUCAGUCAAUGGUAGCUCACAGUCUGGAGGAGAACAAAGAUGCACAGAUGGAUCACGGGGUGCAGACUCACCCCACCACGUUUAAAUCUCCGUUCUGUAAUGGGGACACAGUAAAUCUGACUGACUCCGAAUCUGAAGAAGAGGCUAAUUUGAUCAUGAGUGAACUGGGAAAUGGACUGUUAUCCAAUUCAAGACAGUACAGCCCUGCAUCAAGGUCAAAUACACCUCAGGAUAUUGACUCUGACGUGGACCAGGCUCUUGAUGGAGCAGACCACGGUUCUUUACCAGUAACUCUUUCUAAUGGAAACCACAGAUCCACACCUAUGGAAGUGGAAACCUCUCAGUGCCCUAUCGCAGUGGACAGUGUGCAGCACCACUGGGCAUUAGGAGACCACAGGCUCUACUGUCAGCCGGGAACCUGGGAGAAGAAGCAGAUGGAAGAAGUGUCGGAGAAGGAUCUGUCAGAAGAAGCAGGGAUGGACGUGAAGAUGUCGAAUGAAGAAAAUCUGGAGCAGCUCACUGACAUGGUCAAUGAUUUUCUGGAGAGCUUCUACAUAAAGUACGGCAGUUUCAUUCCUCUCACUGAGACAGACGUCGUGGAACACCUGAAGAAGAACGGCAAAUCUGACUUCAGCAAGUGGGGCCUGGACAUUAAACGAGAGAUGACUCGGUACAGGUCGAGCCUGGCCUCUGCUCCCGUCGCAGGCUUCAUGGUGAUGUAUAAUAAACACUCUCUGGGCCUGGAGGACCUGGGGACACUGGAAGAACAGAACUGGCUUAAUGACCAGAUCAUCAACAUGUAUGGAGAACUCAUUAUGGAAGCAACACAACACAAGGUUCAUUUUUUCAACAGCUUUUUUCAUAAGCAGCUUGUUGCCAAGGGCUACGAUGGAGUGAAGAGAUGGACUAAAAAAGUCGACCUCUUCUCCAAGUGGCUGCUGCUAAUUCCCAUUCAUUUAGAAAUCCACUGGUCUCUCGUCACAGUCACCAUGGCCACCAAAACCAUCAGCUACUACGACAGCCAGGGCAUCGUCUUCAGACACACCACCGACAACAUUAUGAAGUACCUCCAGUCUGAAGCCAGAGAGAAGGAACAGACGGCGUUUCAGAAAGGCUGGAAAAUUACUAUCAUCAAGGGAAUUCCUCAGCAGAGAAACGACAGCGACUGUGGAGUUUUUGUCCUGGAGUACUGCCGCCGUCUGUCAGUGAGGCAGCCGCUGCUGUUCAGUCAGGAGGACAUGCCGCUCAUCCGCAAGAGGAUCUACAAAGAAAUGUGUGACUGUCGCCUCAACGACUGAACGACCAAAUAACAUCCUCCUUCUCUCGCUGACGGCUUUCGAGACCUCCUGCACAAGUGUGUCAGGCGGCCAUUUCCACAGGCAGCCUGUUACACAAGCUAACACGACCAGGGCCAGCCAUCUUCUAGUGAACUCAAGCUACCCGUCGGCCCGUGUCACUGACGGCAGAGCGGCCGUCACUUGGGACUUUUGGUGAUGUUAAGAGUUUUAUGUUUUUUUCUAAAUGCAAGCUUGCAAAGAACUACUGACGUGGACCCCUACUGACCCCAAAUGAUGCUGGAGCCCGCACACUUCAGGUUUGCUUUCUACAUUGAAAAGAGGAUUUCAACCAAAUGGCCCCACAGCCGCCUUUCUGAACACAGGGGUUCUGACUCUGACUGAGGAAACAGGCGUCGGAGCAGCCUGGACCAAUGGGAAGGACUUUCCCCCAACAAAUGGAAUGGCCUUAUAUCCUUCAUGGCCAUUUUAAAGUGAAUAAAGCAUCUUUGUUUUUAAGUUAAUUUUACGCUGAACCUUUACAGCUGCAACAUGCCUACAAUAACACACGUUGUCUAACAUGUUUUAAUGAAGGUGUGUGAUCCAGUGGACCAACAGUUCACUUUAAACUUGAACGUUUGUGCCGGUUGCUUUCUCUCGGACUUCCGAUUUAUUUGCACGGUCAAAGGCCUCGAAGUAGAAAAAUCCGAAUGUACUGAUGGUGUUUUCUUCCCCCGGCGGUGACAGAGCGGCACAGAGCCUCAGUUCUGCUGCGGCUCAAAACAGGGAGAUCAUGAGUUUUAUUUUUUCAGUUCAUUCGGUUUUUGAGUUGUGCUCUCCAAAUCAUUUCAUAUUCAAUUUCCAGUUUAUUUCCACCACAUACUUUUCUGCCGUUUGGUCUGUUUUGCUCCGAUCAUGUCCUCAUGGGUAAGAGUUAGGUUUUGCACAUGGAUGACGUCCGUUACGGUUUGACUUUAGAAUCCAUCGGUUUGAGUUGAAAACAGUUUCUUAUGCUUGUUAGUAAAUUCGACGUUAGCUGCUCAGUUCGCUGCUGAGAUGUGUUUUUGUUUUUGUUUUGUUUGUUUUCAGGCAUUUUCCUCAGCUUUAUGUUGUCAGUCACAGAUAAACAAGUGGACCUCAGUUCUUUUGAUUUACAUCUUCUGUCCAACCUGGAUUUUGUUGUUGUAUUCGUUUAUGUAUAUUUACAGAUUGUAUUGUACCUUUACUGGCCUACUACUGUACAUACUUGCUUUGACUAAACACCAGAGCAGUUUCUGGACUGUUUUUAUCGUUGUUAUUAAAAAGCCAAUUCUGG